AACCCCAGAACGGGAACAGAGAGUGUUGUGCUCACAGAUGAGGAAGUUUCAGUGAGUGUGAGGUUACAGUGAAACCCUGGGCUUUGUGUGAACACAUGCCUUGGAGGAAAAUGAAGGGAAGGGAUUUGUUGCAAAGUGCCCUCCCCUCCUCCAGCUCCCUCAGCACGGGGGCAGCGCGAGGCCCUUUGUCCGGAACAGGCGCGGCUCCUAUUGGCUGGCUCCCGACAGCUCGGCAUUCGGACUGUCCAAUAGACAGCGCUGGAGGACCGGAAGCGCUCUGGUCCUCCAGCCAAUCAGAGCGUGUCUAUUGUCUGAAUGCGGAAGUUAUUGCUGCUGCUGCUGCAAUAACGUUCCUCCAGGAGACACCAUCAGGGGGUUCUGUGUGUGUGGGCACUUCAGGCUCCAGUUCAUCAUCCAACCUGGAGGGACACAAGGACAACAGCACCGUGGAGAAGCCAUGGCAGUGUGGGGACUGUGGGAAACGGUACAGGUCUCCAUCUGAGCUGGAGAUUCAUCGACGUGUUCACACCGGGGAGAGGCCGUUCACCUGCUCUGACUGUGGGAAGGGUUUUGUUGACUCCUCUUCCCUAUUGAGACACCGUCGAGUUCACACCGGGGAGAAGCCGUUCACGUGCUCCGUCUGUGGGAAGGGUUUCACUCACGCCUCUUCCUUACUGACACACCGGAGAAUCCACACCGGAGAGAGGCCAUUCACCUGCUCAGACUGUGGGAAGGGCUUCACUCGGUCUACUUGGCUGGUGGCGCACAAGCGAGGUCAUGCUGGGGAGAGGCCGUUUACCUGCUUCAGGUGUGGAAAAGGAUUCAGUCGAUCAUCCAGCCUUGGACAGCACGAGCGAAUUCACACCUGGGAAUGGCCUUUCACCUGCUCCGAGUGCAGGAAGGGAUUCAGUUCAUCAUCCAGACUGCUGUCACACCAGCGAGUGCACACCGGGGAGAAGUCAUUCUCCUGCUCAGACUGUGGGAAAGGAUUUGUCCACUCCUCUUCCCUGCUGAGGCACCGGCGGGUUCACACCGGGGAGAAGCCAUUCACCUGCCUCUGGUGUGAGAAGCGAUUCAGUCAGUCAUCCAGCCUUCGAAAACACGAGCGGAUUCACACCGGUGACAGGCCGUUCGCCUGCUCUGAGAGCAGGGAGAGAUUUGCUCACUCCUCUGCCCGACUGGAACAUCAGCGAGUUCACACCGGGGAGAAGCCAUUCACCUGCUCGGACUGUGGGAAGGGAUUCCUGUACUCCUGUUCCCUGCUGAAACACCAGCGGCGUCACACCGGGGAGAAGCCAUUCACCUGCAUCACGUGUGAGAAGCGAUUCAGUGAGUUCUCCGACCUUCGACAACACGAAAGGGUUCACACUGGGGAGCGGCCGUUCACCUGCCAUGAAUGCGGGAAGGGAUUCAGUUCCUCAUCCAAACUGCUGGUGCACCAGCGUGUUCACACUGGAGAGAAGCCGUUCACUUGCUCCGUGUGCGAGAAGCGAUUCAAUCAGUUGUCUGCGCUGGUGAGACACAAGCGAGUUCACACUGGGCAGAAGCCAUUGACCUGCUCUGAGUGUGGGAAGCAGUUUGUGUCGUUAUGCAACCUGAAACAACACUGGCAAGCUCACACCGGGAAAUGGCUGUUCUCCUGCUCGGAGACCGGGAAGGGAUGCAGUACGUCAUCCAGUCUGCUGUCACACCAGCGAAUUCACACCAGAGAGUUCAUGAGUGAAGACACCAGUUGAAUUCUGCUGCUCUUGCUGCUGAGAAUCACAUCCAGGACUGAACCAUGUUCAUUCAGACAGUGGACGAAGUGGGAGGGUCAGUGGGGUUUUAUAUCCCAGAGGAGCUGAUGCUUUCUCAGCCUGGGAGUGCACAUUUCCUCUGAAAUCCUCCACAGAAGCUGAUGAGCAACAUUUAUUUUAUCCUGGUUAGGAAACAGAAGUUGCCUACCACUGCAGGUAGAUCUAAAGUCAACCCAGUUAGACCAUGAUAUCGAGGAGCAGUAGUACACCAUUCAGCCCAUCGAGCCUACCCCACCAUUUAAUACCAUUGAGGCUGAUCGCAUCCCGGCUUCAACUCCCCUUUCCUGCCAACUCUCCAUAACCCUUCAACCUGUUACUGAUUAAACAUCUGCCUAUCUCCUCCUUAAGUUUACUCCAUCUCCUGGCAUCCACAGCACUCUGGGAGAAGGAAUUUCACAGAUUAAUGCUGCUUUGACGGAAGUAAUUUCUCCACGUCUGUGUUUGAAAUUUGCAAACCAUGAUCUUAUGACCUCUCAUUCUGAAUUUCCACACAAGGGGAAAUAUCCUUCCAAUCCUAACGAAGUGAAUAAAGUUGAUGAGUUAACCGAUGUAGUCCAAUUUCCCAGUACUUGGCCACUAUCCCUCUGAACCUGUCCAAUCAACAUAUCUGUCCAGAUGACUUUUAAAUGUUGUAAUUGUACCCAUCUCUACCACUUCCUCUCCUAGCUCGUUCCACAAAUGGACCACUCUCUGCAUGAAAAAGCUGCCCAUCAGAUCUCUUUUAAAUCUUUCCCCUUUCACCCUAAACCCUUUAGUUUU